AUGGGUCACCAACAGCUCUAUUGGAGCUAUGUAAGAAAAUCUAGCCAGGGUUCUCACUUUUGCCGCACCUACUCAAACCUGCAUGGUCUAAUCUGGAAAUACGGCCUCAGUCUGUGCCGGCAGCAUUUCUGUCAGUACAUGAAGGAUGUAGGCUUCAUUAAGUUGGACUAA